CGGUAGGAAGCAGAAGUCCGGACGAGAGUAAAGGGGCUCGUAGAUUAAGCGCCCCAGGCAUCUCAUCCCCUCAGUCUGCCGAGGCUGAGACUAGGAGACUCUGCACUUCGUGGCAGAAUUUCUAGAUCGAGCAGCAGAGGGCGCUCCUCAAUAAUAGUGCAUGGAUAAGAAGUACACCAAAAAAGCCGCUCCCUGAACGGGCCACUUACUCCUGAGGAGGACAGGGCUAGACUUCAGUGUGACCAAGUGGACCAAGCUGGGAGAAGUAGUGAGUGUGUCACAGCAAAUAUCUAGUCAGGAAGUUGGGUGUCAAACAUACAGCCGAUUGAACAGUUUGGGUACAGUAAGAGCCAAUCUGGGCUGCACCAGGAAAGAUGGAGAGAAGAAAAGAGACCAUUACUGGAUGCCCUGCUCUCUGACCUGGAGACCACCACUUCACACAUGUCACGGUUAGGGGCUCCAAACGAACGCCCACCAGAGCCACUCACACCUCCCCCACCCUAUGGCCACCAGCCACAGACAGGGUCUGGAGAAACUUCCGGAGCUUCAGGGGACAAGGAUCAUCUGUACAGCACAGUAUGCAAGCCUCGGUCCCCAAAGCCUGUGACCCCUGUGGCUCCUCCAUUCUCCUCUUCCAGUGGUGUGUUGGGCAAUGGCCUCUGUGAGCUAGACCGUUUGCUUCAGGAACUUAAUGCCACCCAGUUCAACAUUACAGAUGAAAUCAUGUCUCAGUUCCCAUCUAGUAAGAUGGCUGAAGGGGAGGAGAAGGAGGACCAAUCUGAAGACAAGAGCUCGCCCACUGUCCCUCCCAGCCCAUUCCCUGCCCCCUCAAAGCCUUCGGCCACUUCAGCCACUCAGGAGCUGGAUCGACUGAUGGCAUCACUCUCUGACUUUCGCGUCCAGAACCACCUUCCAGCCUCAGGGCCACCUCAGCCUCCAGCAGCGAGCCCCACCCAUGAGGGAUCCCCAUCUCCACCAGGACAGACUAGCAAGGGCAGUCUGGACACCAUGCUGGGCCUGCUGCAGUCUGACCUCAGCCGCCGUGGGGUCCCCACGCAGGCCAAAGGCCUCUGUGGCAACUGCAAUAAACCUAUUGCUGGGCAAGUGGUUACAGCUCUGGGCAGAGCCUGGCACCCGGAGCACUUCCUUUGUAGCGGUUGUUCCACAACCCUGGGAGGCAGCAGUUUCUUCGAGAAGGAUGGGGCUCCCUUCUGUCCCGAGUGCUACUUUGAGCGCUUCUCCCCACGAUGUGGCUUCUGCAAUCAACCCAUCCGACAUAAAAUGGUUACUGCCUUGGGCACCCACUGGCACCCAGAACAUUUCUGCUGCGUCAGCUGCGGGGAGCCUUUUGGAGAAGAGGGUUUCCACGAGCGAGAGGGCCGCCCCUACUGCCGGCGGGACUUCCUGCAGCUGUUCGCCCCGCGCUGCCAGGGCUGCCAAGGCCCCAUUUUGGAUAACUACAUCUCCGCACUCAGCGCGCUCUGGCACCCAGACUGCUUCGUGUGUAGGGAAUGCCUCGCGCCCUUCUCCGGAGGCAGCUUUUUUGAGCACGAGGGUCGCCCGCUGUGUGAAAACCAUUUCCAUGCACAGCGUGGUUCGCUGUGUGCCACGUGUGGCCUCCCAGUGACUGGCCGCUGUGUGUCUGCUCUGGGCCGACGCUUCCACCCAGAUCACUUCACCUGCACCUUCUGCCUGCGCCCACUCACCAAAGGCUCCUUCCAGGAGCGUGCCGGCAAGCCUUACUGCCAGCCUUGCUUCCUGAAGCUCUUCGGCUGAGCUCCUCUUGGGAUCACGGAUCUCCAAAACCAAGCCUUCAAAAACACAUUCGUGAAUAAGACCGAGUCCUCCAGAUCCCUGGCUCUGGAGCUACCCAGGCAGCCUUGCCCCUACUCCCACCCCCUCCCCACUGUGGCCCAGCCCCUGGAGAGGCCUACCCCGAAGGUGCUCAGAAAGGGCCCCACUAGCCUGGACUAUAGCUCUCACUUUGACACGAUUCUGGUUUUCUAAUCUGACCAAUUAGAGGCCAGGACGUCCCUGUUCACGCGGUUUGCUAUUCUGUACACUUUUUUUUUUCUACAAACAUAAAAACACGCUCCACAUCUUA